AUGACGGUGUAUAACCAUCGUUACCUGGCGGUGUACAACUAUCGUGACCUGGCGGUGUAUAACCAUCCUGGCUUGACGGUGUAUAAGCAUCGUGAUCUGGCGGUGUAUAACCAUUGUGAUCUUGUGGUGUAUAACUUAUGUGACUUGACGGUGUAUAACCAUCGUUAUCUUGCGGUGUAUAACCAUCGUUACCUGGCGUUGUAUAACCAUCGUGACCGGGCGGUGUAUAACCAUCGUUACCCGGCGGUGUAUAACCAUCGUGACUUGAUCGUGUAUAACCAUCGUGACCUGACGGUAUAUACUCAUCGUGAUCUGCCGGUAAAGAAAUAUCGUGACUUGACGGUGUAUAACCAUCGUGACCUGGCGGUAUAUACUCAUCGUGAUCUAGCGGUAAAUAAAUAUCGUGACUUGACGGUGUAUAACCAUCGUAACCUGGCUGUGUAUAACCAUCGUGACCUAGCGGUGUAUAACCAUCGUGACCUGGCGGUGUAUAACCAUUGUGACUUGACGGUGUAUAAUCAUCUCUACCUAACAGUCUAUUAA